UGGGCAGCUUGUGCUGUGAGUGACAGCUGCUCCUGGGGACUUGGCUGGGGGCAGACAAGAAUCAGUUCAGACAGAAGGAUAGGCAAACACACAAUAUUUACCCACAUCCACUGGAGUUCAUCUACUUUCCUUGUCAAAGGAGCUGAUGAUCUACUCUUUCUGCAAGGUUCUGCGCCCCAGGGAUAGACGUGCAGCAUCUUCUUACACCUCUGUAUAGAAGUCGCAGGCGGCUGAGUCAUUAGUUGACCAAACAGAGGAACAUAAAGAAAAGGAUAAAUAAUGGGCACGCGAAGACCCAUGAGCCGCAUUGCCAAUGGAAAUGGCAGGUAUUAUGACUCCCUUGGGAGCAGCAAUGGAAGUGCAAGUGAAAGUGAAGACAGUAAUGGGUCCGUGUAUAGUCCACGGGCAGACAGUCGGAGUUACUUGCUGAACGUCAGGCCUGAGAACAGUCGCUCCAGCACCAGUCGGUACUCGCAAUACACAUCUGGAAGGACCACAUUUUGCAACAUUAUCUCCCAGCUGACUGAGGAGACACAGCCAUGUUUUGAGACAACGUUGAAAGCCAGGGCUGUGUCUGAGGGAUGUGAUGCUAAAUUUAUCUGCAUGGUUACAGGAUAUCCAGAGCCUGAGGUUACCUGGUAUAAAGAUGAUGCAGAAAUGGAUCGCUAUUGUGGCUUGCCAAAAUACGAAAUUAUCCGUAAUGGAAAACGCCACUCCUUACACAUUUACAAGUGCAGUGAAGAAGAUGCUGCUAUUUAUCAAGCGUCAGCCAGAAACAACAAAGGUAUAGUGUCCUGUUCUGGUGUGCUUGAGGUUGGAACCAUGACAGAGUAUAAAAUACAUCAAAGGUGGUUUGCAAAGCUCAAGAGAAAAGCUGAAGUCAAGAUGCGUGAAAUUGAGCAAAGCAGGAGAAAGGUAAAAGAAAACUUGGAAGAAGGAGAAAGACUAAGGACUCUGAGCCCUGAAAGGAUUCAGAGAAAGAGAAGGUUUUCAUCAGAAAAUAAAGAUACAUCGCCUUUGUCAUUGGACAAGGAAGAAGUAAUCAAGGUCCACAUUCCAGAUCCAAACUCCAGGUUGCAAGAGGUCAAACCCAAUGCAACAGAGCAAGCACAUAAUGUGGUCAAUGGCCUCACAAUGGUAGAUACUCCACAAAGUGAAGAGGUGACUACCAAUGGUUUUGCACCACAUCAGAAUAUUGAUGAACAUGGUAAAGACUUCCUUGCUUAUGUAUAUGAAACAAUGGAGGUCAUGACCAAGAAGCCAAUGCCAAAGGAGUCUUAUGCAAAAAAGAAGAAAAAAGAGGAAGAGUCUCCUUCUGUACCUAUAGUUGACUCAAAAAGAGAAGAACCAUCAUUAGGAAGCAGCCCAAAAAAAGUUGAGAGCACUGGUCCUACCACAAGGAGGUCACGCUUUGGAAAAGAUAACACUAAAACAUCAAUGGAGGAGAAAAUGGAGGUUCAGCCUGCACCUGUGAUAUCAAAUCGAAGAUUUGCUAAUUCCAGCACAUCUAAUAAAUUUAGUAAAACAAUUGUGGGGAAUGAUUCAAAGAAGCUUAAAGAGGUUGUUGUUCCCCCAGGCAAAGGAGCUGAUUCCUCUAGCACAAAACAAGACCUUGAACAGCCAAAGGGGGAAGUCAGCUUUUCACUGAAGGAUAUGUAUUUUGGUGAUGGUGUGCCAUUGCCAGUGGCAGAAGGGAAGGUUGCAUCAACCUUUGAAAAGGAUAGCAAUACAAAGACUGUGAAAGAACCCAUUAAAUAUGAGAGACAUGCAAAAAUUUCACCACAAGGGCAAGUGAAAGAGGUACCCAAAGCAGCACCACGACGCUCCAAGGAACAAAAAGACCAAACUGUUGGAAGUAAGCAAUCAACAACCCUGAGUGCAAAAACUGAUGUUUUAGCUCCUGAGUCAACCUUAGGAAAUCAGAAGAUGCAGGACACUAAGCCAACCUGUGACACCCAGCAGUCAAGGGCAGUUGAAAAGGUCCCACAGCCCACAAGUCAUUCAGAGUCAGCCUCUGUUUUACAAAUUACUGAACAGCCUCUAUCAAAAAAUGACCAGUCAGAAUUGCUUCCAACUGCUAGUUUGCCUGCAGAACUCUCUGCUAUUGCUGUAGAAGCAAAAUCUCCAAUUCUUGGGGAACCAGAAAAAAUCACUGAUGAACCGUUGGAAAAAAACAAUGCCAAAAUAUCCUCAGAAGACUCUUCUGAAGCAAAGGCACGUACGGAGACACUACAGAAGCUGAAGCAUUUGGAGAUGGAAUAUAUGGCUUUACAGAAAGCAUAUGGUCUCCUGCAGCAACAGCUUGAACACAGUCAGAAAGAAGAACAAAAAAAAAGAGAACUUCCUGUCUCUUCAGGGGCCUUAAUACAUAACCCAGUAAUCAACCCUGAAGCUCAGAAAAACAUAGAUGACAAGGAGAGUAUGAUUAAGUGUCCCAGUUCACCAGUACCUGUAUACAUGGAGACAGAAGAGACCCUAAAAUUAGAGGAGAUACCCAUCGUGGAUACUGUAAUGCAAGAUGAGCAAGAAGGAGCUCCUCAAAUGUUUACAAGGGAGGUUCCAUCUCCCAGACCACUGCAGUCUCCAGUAACCUUCAUGGAGUGUAAUGCAAGAGAAGGAGCUAAUGUUCACAAUUAUCAAGUAGAUGAAACUAAUUUGGAGGAAAGAAAUACAUUGCAGACUAAAACGCUUCAGACAGAAACCAUGGUGGAUGCUGGUGAAGCUCACCAACCUGAUGAACAGAUACUAAAACCUACUGAGGUCACAAGGGGCGCUAUUGUACCAGCUACACCUAUCUCCAGUGAGGUAGAUAUGUCAGAAGAAGUAAGGCACUUUCAAGGCAUGGCUGCACCUAAGGUGGAACAAGCUUCAGACAGUCACAGAGGUGUUGAAGUAACUUUGGUAGGCACAACUGCUGGUUCCUCCAAUGAAACUACCAGUACAUCAGGGAUGCUGGAUGAUGUGACUCCUAUAGAAAAAGAAAAGAGUUUGACAAAUCCCAAUGCAGUACUAACUGGUACAUCAGUAGACACAGGAGCUCAGGAAAUGAGCCAUUCCAAAAAUAUACUGGAUACUGAUCUUCCAGAAGAAAUUUUAUCUGAAGAUGUAACAGCAAGUGAUAAUCAGUCAGUAGCCACUCUUCUUCGAGAUGUUAAGAAAGCUUUGGAAUCAGGUGCAACCAUUGAUAUUACAUCAUCUUCAGAUACCAGUCCUAGUUCUGCUGGCUCACCAAUGAUCAUACCACCCACCGAGGACUAUUUUGAAGCAGAAUCAUUGUCACUGGCACCCGAGGAAGAGAAAAAUAUCAGUGGAGAUAACAUGGCACCAGAAAUGAAAAACAUAGCUAAAACACCCAAUAUUGAGCCUGAUGCCCUUACUUUUCCAGAAAAAUAUACAGAGGAAACAGUAAAAGAUGAUCACGUGUCAAAACAACAAGGCAAACAGGAUCACAGUUUAGUAACCUCUUUGAAGAAUUCUUUGUUGAAGUUGUUGCAUAUGAAAACAGAUGAAGAUGAUAAACAGGUUACCAAAGAUAGCAACAAGGUGGGUGGUUCUCGACCUGAUUCCCCUGGAGACAUAUGUUCACCAGAAGGAAGCCUAAGCCCCUCAGGUUCUAGAAAAAUCUUUGAAUUGGUGAAAGACAGCGACUCCACUCAGAGUCCAGUUAGCAUGCAUUCGACUUCCACCUCUGGGAAAUUGACACCAAUGUCAGAAGAAGACAUAGUUCAAAAUGAUGAUUCUUUGCAAACAAGUCCUACUGUACCUAGAAAGACACAUAAGAUAUUCAGAAAAGAGGUGGCACAGGUGGAAAGUGCCCCAUUGAGUCCAGUCAUUACUAAGAGGAAUUCAAAGGCCACACUUAUUGAACCAUUAUUGAGCAAAGAUGAUUUGAGCCUCACUUCAUCCACUUCAAGAAAGAUAGCUGCCAAGAUGGCAUCUGAUACUGACUUUGCUUCUACCCUAUCAGUACCUUCUAUAGUGGUUGGCAGUUUACCUGCUGAAAAAACCCUUGGAAGCAUGUUCUUUGAUUUACAUGCAGACAGCAAUCGCAAAUGGAAGUCAACAGAAAACGUGUCUUUGAUUCCUUCUGCAACGCCAGAGGAGUUGGCUUCCGGGGCACGGCGAAAGAUAUACCUUCUUAAGUCAAAGCAAUUGGAUGAUGCAGAGACUGCCAGCACAGGUUCACUUACUCCUCCUUCUAAAAAAGAAACCCCCAAUGUGUCCCCAGGACUAUCCAGAAAAGGUAGCGCUCUCUUGACCUCUCAGUCUCCUCCAGUGGAAAGACGUUCCCCAGGUAUGGCACGUAAAAUGGCAAUGCUGGAAGUGCCAAAAAUAUAUGAAGAAGCUGUAGAAAAGGACAAAUCCUCUGAAGAGCGCUUUCUACAAAAUAAAGAUUCUGACAGUUCACGUAAAGAGGAUGUACAGCCAACAGAAACUAAAAAAAUUAAUGAUCCCUAUAAAGCUCCACAGGUGAUACGGAAGAUACGAGCAGAGCAAUUUUCUGACGCAUCUGGAAAUUUGAAACUCUGGUGCCAGUUUUUUAAUGUUUUAAGUGACUCAUGUAUAACAUGGUAUAAAGAUGAAGUUCCAGUAGCAAGAGUAAAGAGAUGUGCUGGUGAUGAAAGUCAGGUGGCCCUUGCAAUUGUGCAAGCAUCUGCUAAGGACUGUGGCGUUUAUCAAUGCACUAUUGAAAAUGAGUACGGGACAGACUCAACAGAUUGUCUUCUAAGCUCAGAGAUUUUGUCUGGAUUCAUUUCCAAAGAGGAAAUUGAAGUUGGGGAAGAAAUAGAGAUGACGCCCAUGGUUUUUGCAAAAGGAUUAGCUGAUUCUGGCUAUUGGGGAGACAAGUUUUUUGGAAGGAUAGUGAUGGAGGACGCACAUGUUGGAAACGGGUUUCUAAGGAAGUCUUCUAGAGUGAAGGUUAUUUAUGGACUGGAACCAAUGUUUGAAUCAGGAAAAACCUCUAUUAUAAAGAUCAGAAACCUCAUCACAUUUGGGACCAAGAAUGAAAGCACUUUGGUGGAGAAGAAUUAUGAGAUAACCAUUCAGGAUUGUAAGAUACAGAACACAACCAGAGAAUACUGCAAAAUAUUUGCAUCUGAGUGCAAAGCACUACCAAACUUUGGGCAGCUUCUGGAGGUACUGCCUCUUAAUCUAAUUUAUAGACCUGCCAACAAUAUCCCUUAUGCCACCAUAGAGGAUGAUCUGGAAGGACACUUUACAAAGUACUGUAUCCAAGAUAUUACUGGUAAACUACAUCAUAAGAAUAUAUCAGAGAUAGGGCAAAAAUGCUGCACCUUCCAGCACUGGGUGUACCAAUGGACCAACGGGAAUUUCCUGGUGACUAAUCUAGAAGGUGUUGGGUGGAAACUAACAAAUAUUGGAAUUGCUACAAAGUCUAAGGGGUAUCAGGGUCUAAAAGAGAGCUGCUGUCCUGCAGUGCUUGAAGAAUUUGUAUCAGGUCAUCAAUGCAAUAAUUACUGUGACAUGCUUGACCUAAAGCCUUUAAAAGCAAUUGAAGGACUCCAACCUCCAUCCAAGCCAAAGGGCUCCAAGAGUCCUUCCAUGGGAAGAAAAACCGGGUCAGCUCAGUCCAGUCCCCAGAUCCAGAAAAAGGGAUUGUCAAGCCCACAGAGUAGUAGAAAAGGUGGGGUCAGUCCUAAAGCUAUACGGAAGGCCACAGAGCUUGGAGACACACAGUCAGCUUCCAGAACCAAAGGCAGUGAUGAGUCAACACCAGCAAAACCACCGGCACAGAAAUAGAUCUUAUCUUCUAACCAAUCUAUACAUGCCCGGAAAUAACUUUUUUUUAACCAAUAACCAUUUCUCUAACAAGGAAGCACCCAAAUUAUGUCCAUUUUACAACAAUGAGGUACAGAGAUAUCCAAACUAUAUUAUGCACAGAGAAUACUGGAAACGUAAGUGAACAAAAAAGUGAAACACGUAGGCUGUUGUCGGCUGAGUGUACUGAAUUACCUUUUUUUGAACAAGAUGAAACAUUAAGAUGCCUUAACUCCAAGCGCCAACAAAAGCAUGGACGAUACUUAGACAUUUAAUCUUGAUGAAUGCUGGCAUAUUAUCUACAAUACAUGAACUGCUACAGAAGAAACACAGAAUGGAUUUUAAGCAGGUUUAGUCCAUAAGAAAUAAAAUAAACAGUAAAGAGUCAGGGUAGAGACAGUGGGGAAACCAAUGCAUUCAUUGGGUACAGGAGAAUUAAUAAAAAGUAGAUGGAAUUCCAGUCACUUUUGAAGAAUUGGGUUUGCGUGGUCUAACAGCAAAACAAUAUUUUGGAGUUUAAAUUUACAUGCAAGAAUACUAGAAGUUGAAUUUAAAUUGAAACCAUUUUGGUACUCUGUUCCAAAAUGUAAUUUGAAAACUACAGGGUUGACAAUCACAGGUUAAGCUUUAUAGGAAUUUAAUUGCUUCACAUAAAACUGUUUAUGUCAGUAACAAACAUUGAAACCAUGUUUAUGUAAAAUAUAACAAAGGCAAUGUUUUUAUGAUGCUUUCUCUGCCCUUAUACAGGUAAUGUAGCACAAACAUGGUCAUCACUUCUACAAAUGUGUUCAAAUCCUUGCUCUUUGACUAAGUCCUAAAAUAGAAUACCCUGCCAUGCUAGAACAUGUAUGCGACUUGCAAUGCAAUGUACAGUUAACUAGCAGCAAUGGCUGUUAGAACCACAUUAUGUUCUUUAGUAAUGUACUGUAUAUUAAACUUUUCUCAGGAGCAUGCAUGUUCUGUUAUGCACCAGCACUUUGGUUUAUGUUUUAGUGAGAGUUUUAAUGAACUAUAUUUAACAAG